UCUUAACCGACGGAGCCACUGAGGCGCCCCCAAAUCCCACACUGAGGAAAGUGCUGGGACACUUCUCAGUUUGCAAAUGGGCUUAAAAGGGGACAUUGGAACCAAAUUGGAAUCUAAAUUUGAAACCCAGCUCUGAUGCUUUCCAUUUCAGACCUUGGGCACAUGGUUUCACCUCUGGGUACUCCCUGGACACGGGGGUAACUCACCGUAUGGUCAGGGUGACUGGAAACACCUUGGGGCUCGGUAGCCCCUCCCGGGCUUACAGGCGAGAUUGCAGUGAGCCUGUCAUCGAGAUGGACGUUGUAAACUGAGUGCAGAACACACAGGAGCUGCUUGCCUGGGACAGCCUCGUGCACGGGACGUCUCCAUCUGCCUCUUAGAAACAUCUUGUUUACUCACACCUUGGUGGUCUAGGUAUACCUUUGCAGAGCCAACAUGGCCGUCCUCUCUAAGGAGUAUGGUUUUGUGGUUCUAACCGGUGCCGCCAGCUUUAUCAUGGUAGCUCAUCUAGCCAUCAACGUUUCCAAGGCCCGAAAGAAGUACAAAGUGGAGUAUCCGAUCAUGUACAGCACGGACCCUGAAAACGGGCACCUUUUCAACUGCAUUCAGCGCGCCCACCAGAACACGUUGGAAGUGUAUCCUCCUUUCUUAUUUUUCCUAGCUGUUGGAGGUGUUUACCACCCGCGUGUAGCUUCCGGCUUGGGCUUGGCCUGGAUCGUGGGACGAGUUCUCUACGCGUAUGGUUAUUACACAGGAGAACCCAGCAAGCGGAGUCGGGGCGCCAUCGGCUCCAUAGCCCUCCUUGGCCUGCUGGGCACAACCGUGUGUUCUGCCUUCCAGCAUCUUGGUUGGGUUAAAACCGGCUUGGGCGGGGGGUCCAAAUGCUGCCAUUGAAGAAUCAUAGGCUGUUUAAAAACUCUCGUUCAUUUUGAGUGACUUUUAUUUUCAGUUACUUUUUUUUUUUCUAAAUAUAAUAAAAACCUACCUGGCAUUAGCCUCAUACCUAAACCUGA